UCUAAUAGUGUCAGAUGUAUAUUGAAAUAAAAUAUACGCUCUACGUACUUAUUUUUAAAGUCAAAUCAACAUUUUCUUCACAUAUAAAACAUAUAUAUGUGUAGGUAUCAAAACUUCCAUUUUCUUCUCAUGCAUACUCGCGUAUAAUGAUCGAUUAACUAGGUUGUUGAUUAGUUCACCAAAUUAGAUUCUAAAGAACACAUCCAACAAAAUUAAAAAGAACCCAUUUCGAAGAACGGAAAGUGAGGGUGCAGUAUGUUGAUUAGUUUGGUGCCAAACUUUUUGGUUCAAUUUCUUAAUUAGAAUCAAUCAAAAUGUAUGUCUACAUAUGAAUGAACUUGGAGCUAGCUUCCAGAGAGCAUUAAUUGAACUUUGUUGGAGAACAAAGUCAGCUGGCCUCCAACAUCUUUAAUCAAGUCAUAUUCUUAAUUCAGAUGACCAAUUAUCUAAUGGAUUGAGAAAAUGAGAAGGUCUCCUGAUAAUAAUUAUGUUGUUGUUCUUUGAACUUCUUGUGUAGCCAUUUAUAAAUUGCAAGUAGGGAAGCGAAUAUUCCCCCCGAUUUGGUGCAGAUUUUGCACUAAAUUUAUUUGGAAGCUUUUGUCUGGGAGGUGAGCUACAAAAUUUCAAGGUUUGGUUUUGUAUGCAGCCACCCCUAAACUAUACCUACAAACUAAACAAGCAUGCAUGCAUCAUCACGGCCGGCUUUCCAGAGCUCAUUCAAAUCAUUUGAUAUAUAACAGAAUCGUAUAAGAUAAAAUUUUUGGGUCUUUACAUGUUGAUGUGACUUGAAUCGGACUAUCAGCCGCUACGACUGGUAAUUGGGGGUCUCGCUGCCCGGUCAGCGAGUAGGGUCCAGGGGCAACGCCCCCCGGCCCACGGUGUAUGGGCUCAAUGUUAUUUGGGUUCGGGUUCUGGGCCUGGUCUGUAACCGUUUCCUUUGCCAUAUUGGAUUAGGUUUAGACCCACAUGGAGAAGUACUAUAAAUACUUCUCAUACUCCUCUGUAAUCUGUAAUCUACUCGAUAUAGUGAAAUUGGCUCUUUCUCGCCCGUGGACGUAGCUAACACACGUAAAUCGUGUGUCUUGUUUUCGAUUCUCGCUCUCGUAUUCUUGCUUUGUCGAUUCCUGCGAUUUCCCGAUCCGUAGCAUUUAUAACAUUACACAAUGUGAAGGCUAAGAUCCAGGAUAAGGAAAAGCUCUUCAAAGCAUCAGAGGCUCAAUUGAAAAGCUCCUGGGCCCAACCUACACUUGGGCUGGGCUAAUUAACAACUCUGCGUUUCAGUCGACGAAGACGUUUGACCAAAAAAAAAAAAAAAAUGAGAGAAGGCGACAGAUCCAAAAGACCAAAACCAAGGCAAAGAAGAGAAGAGAGAAGAACCUCCCUCCCCUGACCCUUCCCUUACCACCGCGGAGACGGAAUUGCAUCAGUCUCGCUCGCUCGAUCGACCCUCUUCUUCUUGGUCAUCUAUUCCGAGUCCGAGUUGGAAUCUGAAUCUCUGAUUCUAUAAAUACGGCUACAAGCUACUAGCCAGCCAGCCUUCCAUUCCAUCCUAUCAGCCAAAAGACGCCAUUCUCCAGCAGCUAGAGCGACAUGGGUGCUGCUGAUCCGGAAUCGGAGCAGCAGGGAAGGCUUGGGGAAUCGACGCCGUUGCUCAUGUUGCCGCAUUGCAGCAGCACGAGAAUGAUUAGUGGUAAUUGCGAUAGUGGUAGUGAUAGGUAUUGUUGCUUUUACGAUGUGGCAAAUCGCCGAUUUCACCACAUCCACGGCGGCGGCGGCGGCGGCAACCCUAGUGUUGUUGUAUGCCGGGGGUCUGCGUUUGGAUGGUUGUUCAUGGUCCACCAAAUCCCUUCCAUCUUCCUACUCAACCCUCUCACCGGAUCUCAAAUCCCGCUGCCGCCCAUCACGUCUUUCCCCGAUGUGUUGGACUACAACCCCCAAAGACGAAACUUUGAGUUCGUUCACCGAUUGGAUGGUGAACAGAGGCUCGUUGUACAGGGCAGGACCUUCUUCCAAGAGCGCUUCUUCCGGAAGACUGCUGUCUCCGCGGAGCCCACUGCAGAGGAUUGCGUUGUGAUGGCCAUUCGGUUCAAUAACAACUAUCGCCUGGCUUUCUGCAGGCCCGGGGGCGACGAAUGGAGCUUGGUUCCUAAUCCAGAAGAAGAAGAGAAGAUCCCGUUCAUGGAUGUGGUGUUCUGGAAGGGUAAAUUUUAUGCAGUCGACUGCUGCGGCAGGGUUGUGGUGGCUGAUCUUUCCCUCCUGCACCGCCCCAAGCUCUCAUUCCAUCUUAACUUGGCCCCUAGGGAUUUCGUCAACUCCGAACAUCCAUACUUGAUCCCGAGCCCAGAUGAAGGUGGUGAUCGACUGAUGAUGGUGACUAGAUACAUGCAAUUAGUAGCUGCUUCUCCAAGAGGUUACCGGACAGUGAAGUUCAAUGUUUACAAGCUGGAUGAUGAGGAUAGGAAGGGAUGGGAUGAGGUUGCAAGCAUCGGGGAUUUCGCCAUUUUCGUUGGGUUCAACUCUGCCUUCUCCGUUUCCACCAGAGACCAUUCGGGACUGAUUUCAAAUUCCAUUUAUUUCACUGAUGACUUUAUCGACUGGCACCAAAGGCACAAGCUAGGAGGUCAUGAUAUGGGUGUUUACAGCCUCAACACUCGUGCCGUGAAGCCCUUGUAUUCUACCUCCUCUCUGCAUGCUAACCCUCUGCUCAUUUCGCCGUUGCCUGUUUGGAUCCUCCCAUCCAAUUAGAUAUGACAAUUUUGAUGCGGCCCAUUUUACCCGACCUGUUUUGAGAUGGGGUGGACAUGGGUCCUUCUCGUCGACCUGCCCUGACCGGACCCACCUCAUUCUCGAUCUGUUCUUGCCUAAAAUACAUAUAAUAUUAAUCAUAUUACUUAGGAUUUUCCUCUUAUUACCUCAUAUUUCAGCUAUAAUAAAGUUUUAAAUAGGUGAAAAUAUCAUUUUCUCCAAUAAUUUAACUAUAAUUUAUCAUAUUAUGGUUUCUUUUAUGACCUUUUAAUGAAAAUAACGAAUAUUUCUUAUUUUGUCACAUAAAUUACAUAUAUAUUGGGUUGACCUGCCCUGACCCGCGCCCCAUGAUAAAUUACCCGAAGUGGACCCGCCUUGACACAGAGCGGGUAUGGAUAUCGAGAUACCCGUCCCGGACGGCCGGACCUGCCUACGAUGUGGAGGGCAUAGGAGAAAACUGAACUGCGGAAAUGGGCCCGACGGUGGAUCAUGCUUCUGCAGAAAGGCCUAACCCAGAGUACAAUCAGUAAGCAUUACUGCAUUAAUCAAGCUUAUCUUUGUUUGGGGAAAGAAAGAUGUUUCCUCCAAUGACCUAACUGAUUGGCCACGAAAGGUAUUAGAUUCGGGCAUUCGGCUCCUUUGUGACAAAGACAAGACAAGAAGCUCUGUACAUGAGGUAUGACAAUUUGAUCCCACAUCAUCUAGUGAACAACUAGAUUGAUAUGCUUCAGCGUGUUGACUUUGCCGGAUCAUAUGAAACUCAAUCUUAUUGUUUUGUGAUUUCAACUAUUGGGUGUAUAUGAUGGCAUUUUGAUAAAUAAUAAUGUAAACAUAUGCUUUAGUAACUAAAAUAUUUCAUACUUUACAAAUUACAUUAUGUCAUUCUCAAACUAUACUAACGCGCUUAUCCUUUGACAUGCUAGACACGCUCGUCCAGUGUCUCUAAAGAAUAUAAACUGCAGUUAUUACACAAAACCUAAUUAAUGGAUAUGAACCUAUGGGUAUGGUUAUGGAUUCAUAGCAAACUGUUGUACCUACCAUCUUUUAAGUGCACCUAAGAGGUCGUGUGUUUAAUUGAAUAUGUGGAAGACUAAAUCCACCCAUAACCUAGUCCAAAAUAUAUGUCUACUUUUAGUGGAGUAGGUAGAUGAACAUGUUAGUGAAAAAUGUAAUGUACAAAACAUAAUUUUGCUAUAUUCCACAAGUGUUCAUGAUGAUUUGAUCUCCUACAUUCUUCAAUUGUAUAUUUCAAAUUGAAAUUGAUACAUGCCCAUUAUAUUUUGCACCUAAAUUAAAUAAUAGCGAUAAAGUGAUUAAUAUAUCUAUCACUUAUAAUAAGACGAGACUAUCUUGCUUUUAGUAAUUUUUUUAACACACUGUAUAUAGAAUUAGGCUUUCAUUGGCGUUAGAGAAUUUUAAUAUGAUUUGAGAUGUACUUUUAACUUUAAAAAAAUAAAUUUACAUCCGUAAA